AUGCUCGCCCAACCAGCCGUCGCCGUGGCUGUCGCGCCGCACGAGUACUCGUUCAACGCGCACAUCUCUUCUCCUAGAGCUGUUCAAUCAUUACCAACACUAGAAAAGCCAGGCACAAACACCAAAGCAUUUACAAUUAGAGCAGCAACGAUAGACGAUGCUGAAUUUAUAGCAAACCUCGGCGCCACCGUCUUCUCGACCACGUUUGGCUUUUCAAUACCUACGGCCGAUCUGAAAGCAUAUCUGGGAGAAGCGUAUACCGUGUCCGCCAUAGAAAACGACAUUCGCUCAUCUUCCACACAUAUCAUCGUUGCGUGUGCCGAAUCAGAUGGCCGUGUGAUUGGCUUUGCGCAAUUGACUGAAGGCACCACCGAGCCUUGUAUAGACGAUCUGGAGGGGGUUGUCGAGCUGCAGAGAUUAUAUGUUGAAGCGGAUUUUCAUGGCUCAGGUGUUGGAAGAGCCUUGACCACACAGAGCGAGGAUAUGGCAAGGAAGCUGGGGUAUCGAAUUGUGUGGUUAGGCGUGUGGGAGGGCAACUUCAAGGCUCAGCGGGUGUAUGAGGCUAUGGGAUUUACGCGCGUUGGAGACCAUGAGUUCAAGAUGGGCAAGUGUAUUCAGACGGAUUGGAUUAUGGUCAAGGACUUAUGA